GCCCCGGGCGGGCCGGGAGCAGCACCUGCGAGGGGCCCGGGGCGGCGGCGGGACCAUGCCGGUGAUGAAGGGGCUGCUGGCGCCGCAGAACACCUUCCUGGACACCAUCGCCACCCGCUUCGAUGGCACACACAGCAACUUCAUCCUGGCCAACGCACAGGUCCGCCAAGGCUUCCCCAUCGUCUACUGCUCCGACGGCUUCUGCGACCUCACCGGCUUCGCCCGCACUGAGGUCAUGCAGAAGAACUGCAGCUGCCGCUUCCUCUACGGGGCUGAGACCAGCGAGCCUGUCCUGCAGCGCAUCGAGAAGGUGCUGGAUGGCAGGCAGGAGUACCAGACCGAGGUCUGCUUCUACAAGAAGGGUGGAACUGCGUUCUGGUGCCUGUUGGACAUCAUGCCCAUCAAGAACGAGAAGGGAGAGGUGGUGCUCUUCCUUUUCUCUUUCAAAGACAUCACAGAGAGCCGGAGCAGGAGCCAUCCGAGUGAAAAGAAGGAGGAGAAGCAGAGGAGCAAGAAACCUGGGAGCUCACGCCUGCGGGCGGCACAGAGGCAGGGUCGAACGGUGCUGCACCGGCUCAGCAGCCAGUUUGCCCGGAGGGACCGCGGCGAGAUGAAAAUCAACCGUAAUGUAUUUGAGAACAAGACAUCCAUCCCUGAGUACAAAGUGGCCUCGGUGCAGAAGUCCCGCUUCAUCCUGCUCCACUACAGCAUCUUCAAGGCCCUCUGGGACUGGCUGAUCCUGCUGGCCACCUUCUACGUGGCUGUCACCGUCCCCUACAACGUCUGCUUCACAGGCACGGAGGACAGCCUCUCGGCCGCCCGCAGCACCAUCGUCAGCGACAUCGCUGUGGAGAUGCUCUUCAUCCUGGACAUCAUCCUGAAUUUCCGCACCACGUAUGUGAGCCAGUCGGGCCAGGUGGUGUACGAGCCCCGCUCCAUCUGCAUCCAUUACGUGGCCACCUGGUUCUUCGUGGAUCUCAUCGCCGCUCUGCCCUUCGAUCUGCUCUACGUCUUCAACGUGACCGUGACCUCGCUGGUUCACCUGCUGAAGACGGUGCGGCUGCUGCGGCUGCUGCGGCUGCUGCAGAAGUUGGACCGCUACUCGCAGUACAGCGCCAUGGUGCUCACCCUGCUGAUGUCCAUGUUCGCGCUGCUGGCCCACUGGAUGGCAUGCAUCUGGUACGUCAUCGGCCGCAAGGAGAUGGAGAGCAACGACCCCCAGACCUGGGACAUCGGCUGGCUGCACGAGCUGGGCAAGAGGCUGGAGGCUCCCUACAUCAACAACUCAGUGGGGGGCCCCUCCAUCCGCAGCGCCUACAUCGCCUCCCUCUACUUCACCCUCAGCAGCCUGACCAGCGUGGGCUUCGGCAACGUCUGCGCCAACACCGAUGCUGAGAAGAUCUUCUCCAUCUGCACCAUGCUCAUCGGGGCACUGAUGCACGCUGUCGUCUUCGGCAACGUCACGGCCAUCAUCCAACGCAUGUAUUCCCGCCGCUCGCUCUACCAUACCCGCAUGAAGGACCUCAAGGACUUCAUCCGCGUCCACCGCCUUCCCCAGCAGCUCAAGCAGAGGAUGCUGGAGUACUUCCAGACCACCUGGUCUGUGAACAAUGGCAUCGAUGCUAAUGAGCUGCUGCACGACUUCCCCGACGAGCUGCGUGCGGACGUGGCCAUGCACCUCAACAAGGACAUCCUGCAGCUGCCCGUCUUCGAGACGGCCAGCCGGGGCUGCCUCCGCUCCCUCUCACUCCACAUCAAGACCUCGUUCUGCGCCCCAGGGGAGUACCUGCUGCGCCAGGGCGAUGCGCUGCAAGCCAACUAUUUUGUCUGCUCCGGCUCCCUCGAGGUCCUGAAGGACAAUGUGGUCCUGGCCAUCCUGGGCAAAGGGGAUUUGAUCGGAGCUGACCUGUGCAGCACGGACCAAGUGAUCAAAACCAACGCGGACGUGAAGGCGCUGACCUACUGCGACCUGCAGUACAUUGGGCUGCGGGGGCUCUGCGAGGUGCUGCAGCUCUACCCCGAGUACGCCAGCAAGUUCACAGUAGACAUCCACCAGGACCUGACUUUCAACCUGCGGGAGGGCAGCGAGAUGGAGGGUCUGUGCCGCUACUCCCGGUCCCCACGGCUGUCCCAGGCACCACAGCCUCGUCCGGAGAGUGGUGCCACCCCAGAGAAGUCCCUUCCUUCCAUCCUAGAGGACGAGGAGGAGCCCGACGAGGUCUUCCAGUACUCGCCCACCACCACCACCCGCCGCAAGCUGCUGCUGCCCCAGCUGAGCAGCCCAGCGCACCGCGGCUCCCUGAGCAGCCUCCUGGGUGAUGAGCUGUGCCAGAUCUCAGCCUUACGGCGCAACCGCCGCUCCCCAGCCCGCUGCAGCCAGGGCCGCAGCCCCUCUCCGCAGUGCCGGAGGGAUGCCCGGCUCCCAGAGCGGGAGGGCAGCAUGGGCAGGAGGUUGCCCAAGCUCCUCAUCCCCUCCUUGCACACCAACGGCCCCCCGGACCUCAGCCCUAGAGUCGUGGAUGGGAUUGAAGACAACGGAGGGACAUCAGAGCCACAAGCCUUCUCCUUCAAUGUGGACCCUUUGCUGCAGAGCGCGGCAAGGGACUCCCCAACGUCAGGGACUGACACAAGCAGCCCAGCCCUGGUGGUGGAAGCAGAGGAGAUAAAGCAGAACAUCAGGAGGCUCAACCAGGAGAUCAACCACCUCAACCAGGAGGUCUCCCACCUCAGCCAGGAGCUGCAGCGCAUGAUGGAGCUGCUCCAGAGCCGCCUGGGCGACCCGCAGCCCCUCACCUGCUCCUAUCACCUGCCUGUGGCCACCUUGUUGCCCCACUGUGCCUCGCCGCCCUCCACCGCAGUGCCCCCCUCACCUCCACCCGCGCCCCCCAGCUCCCGCAGCUCCCCCUCUGCCAGCCCCCGGGCCAAAUGCUGCCCUGUCCGCAGCCACUCGGCGCACGCCACCACCAGCCCCGCCAUCCACGCCUGGGUGUACGCCGAGGGGCCGUGCUCGCUAUUGGGGGACAACAGCCCCAGCCCUGACCCCAGCCAAGCUUCGGACUCACAGCCCCCAUCGCUGCCGCCCCGUUCUGCCCACUCGUUCCCUGGCUGCUCAGUCAGCAGCCAGCCCCGUGCCCACCUGCAACCUCGCUCCAGCUCCACCAGCUCCCACUGACCCCACGGGCCCCGGGGUGGCAGUCGGGGACCCUCACCCUGGGGGACUCUUGGCCUUGAGGGUCCCUCGCCCUGGAGGACUUCUCACCCUGGGUAAUCCUUGCCCUCAACAGGCCCUUGUCCUGGGGACCCCUUGCCCCAGGGACUCUCAUCCUGGGGGUUCCUCAUCCCGGGGACCCUUAAGGGACCCUCACCCUGGAGGUUCCUCAUCCAUGAGGGUGACCCUGAGUGACCCUUGCCUUCAAGGGACCCUCACCCUCAAGGGACCUUCACCCUGGAGGUUCCUCACCCUUGAGGGGCUCUCAUCCUGGGUGACCCUCGCCUUCAAGAGAUCCUGACCCUGGGGGACCCUCACCUUUGAGGGCUCCAGCACCCAGGGAACCCGCACCCUUGAGGGCUUUUUGUCCUGGGAUACCCUCACCCUGGGGGUUCCUCACAUUGAGGGAUCCUCACCCCUGAGGGAUGCUCGCCCUGGUGGUCUUCUCACCCUGGGGACUCUGGGCCUCUUGCCUGCUGCCCCUCUCUGCCCUCCCCACUGCCCAGGACACGCCACCUCCAUCCUCACUGUGGUCUCCAGCUCUGACUCCACCAUCCCAAGGCCCUGGUAGGCGAGGGCUGGAGUGGGGCAGCAGUAGGGGGGCACCCCACGCCCUGCACCCCCACUGGACACCAGCAGGGAUCGUUUUGAUACCAUUUUAUACUCUUUGCCCAUGGGUUUUUUUUUACAACCAGGCUGGGCCUGGCAGCCCCUCCAGCUCCCACUGCACCUGGAGCCAUUGUGGGGUGCUGGGGGUGUUCCUGGGGGGGGGUGGUGUCCUGGCUGCUCCUGCCCUACGGUUGUAGUCUAUGCGCUUUGU